GUAUAUGAUAUAUGAACGGCAUGAUCUAUUUUGAAAAAAGCAAAAUACCGAAGACCCAAACACCCCCUCCUCAGCGGCCGAAUCGAUUCGAUCGACAAGUGUAUCUCCUAACUCCCAAGUCCCAACCUCCGUGUACGCCCUCUUGAGUCUUGGCACAUAUAUCACAGUUUGCUCUGGUUACCCCAAACGAUUAAUCAUACGCUUAGAUCAAUCGACGUUAAUUCGAACUCUGACUGGUUACUGCUGUGAAGUGGCUUAUAAAGUUUUUGCACAUAGAAUUCAACAAUUAUGAGUUUUGUCUUUCGAGGGAGCAGGGGAGACAUUGAAACCGGAUUUCCUGGAUUUAUACCUGAACGUCGCUCAGUGAGAAUCCAUGCAGCCCGACCUGUUAAUACAAACUCUCUUGCCUUUCUUGUCACAGUUCUUUUGUUGUUCAUGAUAUUGAACUCGCACCAAAUGUCACCAAACUUUCUGCUUUGGCUUGUACUUGGUGUGUUUUUGAUGGCUACAAGCCUAAGAAUGUACGCCACCUGUCAACAACUUCAAGCCCAAGCACAAGCAAAUGCUGUGGCAGCUAGUGGGCUCCUUGGUCAUACUGAACUGCGGUUGCAGAUGCCACCUUCUAUUGCACUUGCCACACGAGGCCGAUUGCAAGGCCUCAGACUACAACUUGCACUUCUUGACAGGGAGUUUGAUGAUUUAGAUUAUGAAACUUUAAGAGCACUGGAUAGUGAUGGUGGUCCAACAGCCAAUUCAAUGAGUGAGGAAGAUGUAAAUUCUCUUCCUCUCCACAAGUACAAGGUUGCCAACAACUCUAAAAGUGGCAGUGGUAGCUUAUCAGAGGAACAAGGUUCAUCAUCAGCCACCACAGAGAAGAAGGUGGAGAGUGGUGGAAAUGGAAAUGGAAAAAGUUGUGAAGAUGAAUUGACAUGCAGUGUUUGUUUGGAGCAAGUUAAUGUAGGUGAACUAGUUCGUAGCUUGCCAUGCUUGCAUCAGUUUCAUUCAGAGUGCAUUGAUCCAUGGCUACGACAGCAAGGAACCUGCCCUGUUUGCAAGUUCAGAGUUGGAUCUGCAUGGCGGCAUGAUGAGAACCAAGAGGAGAUGGAUGAUGAUGAUGACGAUGACGAUGAUGAUGAUGAUGCAUCACUUGGAGUUUGAUCCAACUGAUUUAGCUUUUGGGCAUUUGCUAUUAAAGAAAAAAGACAUUUAAUGUUGAUAAUACACAACUACUUAACUGGAA